UUGGAAGAGAAAAAGAUAUAUCUCGCAUAGUAGAUAUGUUGAUGACGAACCUUUCAUCAUCAUCAUCUGAUAAUUUUAGUCCACAAGAAAAUAUUUCAGUUGUGUCAAUAGUGGGUAUGGGGGGACUAGGGAAAACGACCCUGGCACAGUUGGUAUAAAAAGACCAUUCGGUUGAGAAAAGCUUUGAGCCAAGAGUGUGGGUCUGUAUUUCCGACGAUUUUGAUAUCUUUCUUAUUUUAAGAAAGAUUCUCGAGUCCAUUACUGAAACAAAAUGUGAUGUGUCUAGUGUCGAUGUAUUAGUAAGGAAAGUUCAGAGAUUAGUGCGAAGAAAUACCUGUUGGUACUAGACGACCUGUGGAACGAGAAUGCCGAAGACUGGCAGAAACUUAAGGGUUAUUUAAGUGGGGGUGCUCGAGGGAGUAAAAUAUUAGUAACUACACGUAAAACACUGUUGCAUCUAUUGUUAGGGGUGCAAUUUCGCCGUACAAUCUAACAACCUUAUCCGAACAACAAUGUUGGUCUAUUAUUAAGACUAGAGCUUUUUCUCCUGGAGGAGCAGUAGAGACUCUAAUUAUGUCAAACAUAGGAGAGGAGAUUGCAAGAACAUGUGCUGGUUUACCACUUGCAGCUAUUUUUCUCGGAAAUCUAAUGCGCUUUAAAAGAAAGGAAUCUGAUUGGUUGGCGAUUAGAGACAAUGACGUUUUUAAUACACCAGAAAAUCCAAACAAAAUUAUACUAGUAUUGAAAUUGAGCUAUGAUAAUCUAUCUUCCGAUUUGAAAAAGUGUUUCUCAUAUUGCAGUUUGUUUCCUAAAGAUUAUCUCAUCAAUAGAGAAACCCUGAUUCAAUUGUGGACGGUUGAAGGUUUCCUUCAUCCAUCUACACGAGGAAAUCAAAACUCACUCGAAGAUGUGGGUAAUGAUUAUUUCCUUAGUUUGUUGUCUAGCUCUUUCUUUCAAGAUGUGAUCAAGGAUGACUUAGGUGACAUUAUAUACUUCAAAAUGCAUGAUUUAGUACAUGAUCUCUCGCUAAGUGUUUCUGGCAGUAACCAAGUCAUGAUUCUCAAACUAAGUGAAAUGGGAAAGGAUUUUUCUCAGAUCCGUAGGGUGCAGUUAAUCAUGGAAAAAGAAGUACAAAAAACAGAUAUAUUAAACAAUGCAGUAAAACUGAGGACAAUUUUUUUCCAAGGAGGAUCUUUUUAUCCGAGAGCACUUAGUAACAAGCGUCUGCGUGUAGUAAAUCGGCUUGAAGCUAAAAAUCUGGAUACUAUAUGUUCCAGUCUUAAGUUUAAACACAUGAGGUACCUUGAUCUCAGGUUUUCCAAUCUUGUAGAUGUUCAUUCCAAGUCCAUUCAUCAACUCUACAAUCUGCAGACUCUCAACCUUCGUAAUUCCAAAAACGUUCAAAACAUUCUCAACGGAAUUGGUUCUUUGAUUAACUUGCAGCAUUUAAAUCUCUUUUCUUCAGAUGCCAAAGUUUUACCUGAUUCCAUUACAAGGCUGACCAAUUUGCAUACUUUAAAUCUGAAUCGUUGCAAGGAUAUUAGUUCCUUACCCACAAAUAUUGAGUCUCUUCAAAAUUUAUCCUUCCUUGACAUUUCACAUACACAAAUCUCAGAGUUACCCGAUUCAAUCACUCUCAUCUGUAGUUUAAAGAGGCUAGAAACCACUUGGUGCGGGAAUUUAAGAGCACUAUCCCGUAACCUUGGAGCUUUGAAACAACUAAGGUCACUUAAUUUGGAAUGUACUCGAGUAAGAGAAUUGCCCGAGUCGUUGACUAGCAACCUCUGUAAAUCAAGGAUGGUGAAGCUUGGUGCAGAAUGUGAGUUUCCAGAAGAUAUCAGUAAUUGGGUGGACUUGAGGCAACUCACUAAGGGCGGAAUAACAUAUGGUGUAAGAAUGCCUAUAGGUAUAGAAAAGCUAACUUGCCUGGAAGAAUUAUUACCUUACAUUGUGAGCAAAGAAGAAGGUAAUGAGUCUACUUCCAGUUCUUCUAUCCACCAGUUAGCAGAUUUAAACUCCCUUCGUAAGUUACGGAUAGAAUAUUUAGAGAAUGUGAAAGGUGGUAAAGUAGAAGCGCAGAGGGCAAAGUUGAAAGACAAGCAAAAUAUUCAACAUUUGGAUCUACAAUGGUAUGAAGAAGAAGAAGACGAUGAAGAAGAUCAAGAAUUGGCUGCUGCUGCUACGGCUACUAUGGUGCUGGAAGGUCUCCAACCUCAUCCUAAUUUGGAGAUAAUGUACAUCAGAGGGUUCCCCGGUUUAAAGCUUCCGGAGUGGAUGGGUUCAUCUUAUUGCCUUCCUAAUUUAGUGGAAUUAACAUUUGAAGACUGCAACAGCUGUAUAAAUCUUGUAAGUCUGGGUCAGUUCCCAUGUCUUAAGGUUCUUCAAAUUAAGGGUAUGGAAUCACUGAAGAGUUUGGGUAAAGGAUUUUAUUACCAGCAAGAAGAAGAAGAAGGAAACAGCGGUACUGCAGCUACAACAACCUUAUUCCCUUCAUUAACGAAGUUUACAAUUGAAAAUGCGGAAAACUUAGAAGAAUGGUGUCUAACUGAUAAUUCCUUUCCUUGCCUUGAGCGAUUAGAAAUCUUUGGCUGCGGUAAUUUGGCAUAUGUACCAGAUUUACGAUUAUGGUCUUCUUCUCUCAGGUGUUUAAAAAUCUCCAAGUGCAACAAGUUGAAGGGGUCAAUACCUUAUGAUCUCAAGAAAGAAAUCAUCCCUCACCUUUCUUGAAGAGCUUUAUGUAGAUACAAAUUACCGAAAUUUGAUGAAGGAGAAUGAUUAGAUCUGCCUGCUCUGCUAAAAUUCAUAUCAUCCAACAACACACCAACUGGAGGAUUCAAUUUGGAAUUGCAACUGAUCGAGCCAUCUAUGGAACACAUAUCCAGCACGUUAUUAGUUUUCAAUGAUUUUUCGUUGAAGUUUUACCACACAUACAAAAUUCCAUGAAUUUUGAGAGUAAGGUUUUCGACAAGUUAUUAUUCCAAUAAAGCCGUGCAAUAGGAGGAUGGACAAAUCAUCUUGGAGCAAUUGAAGAACAAUGACAGUCUAAAUUGCACUUCUUAUACAUUUAUUUACGGUCUUAAUUUUGUUUUCACAAUAAUUAGUAUAUUUUGUUGCCUCUGCAAAUCAUUUUUGCUGGCUGUGGUCAGUC